GUGUGUGUGUGUCUUCCUGGUUGUGUUGUUGUUGUUCACUUCGUCUCUCUCCGUGUUAGUUGGACAAACUGCUGACUCAUCAUGCUGCAUCGACUUUGAACCAGCUGAGUUAGAGUUAACUUUAACUAGCAGUGUGUGUGUGUGUGUGUGUGUGUGUGUGUGUGUGUGUGUGAGUUAGUUAGUGAGUUAGUUAUCUGACUGCUAGCCGUAGCAGCCUGUCACUAACAGGCAUGUUCGCGUCCUGCUGUAACUGGUUCUGUGUGGACUCAGCUGAUGUGGGACAGCCUGAUGGAGGCGAGCGCCGUCAUCAGUCCUACACCAAUUCAGCCUUCAGCAGUCAGCCGUCUCCUCCUCCACCUGAACACACCUGUAAGGCCUGUGGGGGGGGCUUCGACACACCUGCCAAGAAGCAUGUCUGCGUCGACUGCAAGAAGAACUACUGCAGCCGUUGCUCCGCCCAGCAGGAGCCCCGGCCCCGCCUCUGUCACACCUGUCAGCGUUUCUACGGCAACCUGCUGGUGCGGGCCGAGCUCAUGAAGCUGAAAGUGAAGGAGCUCAGGGACUACCUGCACCUGCACGAGGUCUCCACCCACCUGUGCAGAGAGAAGGAGGAGCUGGUGGAGCUCGUCCUCGGUCAGCAGUCUUCACCGUCCAGCGACUCCGCUCCCGAGACCCCGGUCACCGAGCCCACCUCUCUGACCUCUGACCUGACACCUCAUAUCUCCACCUCCACUCCUGAACCCACCACCCCAUCCCCAGCACCAUCGCCUGAACCCCCCGCUGCACAGCCUGAAGCUCCAGACCCGCCCACGCCGGCAGAGACCACGCCCACCGAGCCCGAUGUUCAGGAUGACGACCAGACCUGGGACCCGGAGGAGGCCCCGGUUUCGGGUCGCAGGGCCUCCCUGUCCGACCUCAGCUGUCUCGAUGACAUCGAGCUGCUCAGCGUCCGACAGCUGAAGGAAAUCCUCGCCAGGAACUUUGUCAACUACAAAGGCUGCUGCGAGAAGUGGGAGCUGAUGGAGAGAGUGAGCCGGCUGUACCAGGACCAGCAGAACCUCCUGGCCGCCAACGCCAUGAACGCUUCAGAGUCCGGUGGCGUUGGACGUCCGGAGGAGAACCUCUGUAAGAUCUGUAUGGACUCUCCCAUCGACUGCGUCCUGCUGGAGUGUGGUCACAUGAUCACCUGCACCAAGUGCGGCAAGAGGAUGAGCGAGUGUCCCAUCUGCCGGCAGUAUGUCAUCCGAGCCGUCCACGUCUUCCGGUCCUGAGCACGCCGACCUAGACCUGCACCCAGGUUCGACCGUCUCCAAAGCAAUAAUCUGCAAAUCCUCUGGAAGGGACGUUCUACAGAGAAAAUGUUUUUAUUUUAUUAAAUCUAUUUUUCUAGUGUAAAUAAUUAGUGCGGUACGUCUUUAUGAAGAAGUGACCUUACCUGACUGCUGAGCUGCUGUUUGAAUACAAACACUGAAUGUACGGGAAGUGGAUCACGUCUCUGAAGCCUUAAACUCAUCUGUGCCUUCACCAGCUCGUCAUCACCUCCUGGAAACUCGGCCCUGCUCAGCGUGAAGAACAAAAACGGGUCCAACAGGGAAUCUGAGGGGUAAAUGUACCAAAGAGAAACGUGGCUGUACCUCGACCACGUCACCUUUUUACAGCCUCAGCUUUGUUUACAGUCUGCAGCGAGUUUACACUGUAAAAACAUUGUGAAAUCAGCUGAAUUCUCUCUGAUUUGAGCCUUUUUCUAACGAUUUUGACAAUAUUGAUUUCACUGUAAUAAAACUGGCAGCUAAGGCUGCUUCCCACCAGCAGAACAUCGGCAUGUUCAACAAACUGCCUUCAGAUCAGAUUACGAGUCCCUCCCACCCAACCAUGCACACUGAGCCCCGCCCCUAGCCUCAGGUGAUUGGGGCUACACCACACCUGUCAAUCACACAUUUACCUUCACACCUGAACGCUGCUCAGUUUUUCAAACUCUUUGACUCGAUAACAGAAAACACUCGACAUAUUCUGAAAUCCAAACUGUUUUCUUUUGUCCAAAAGUCUCAUUAGAUCUAUCCCGUUAGAUUUCUCUAACGAGACUUUGGAGAAGUUCCAACUUCAGGUUUGAUGGAUUAAAUGUUUUUGAGGUCACGUUACUGUGAUGAUACUGUGAGGUGCAGAUUCUUAUGUGCAAACUCAGAACAGCAAUUCCAAAUGACUAAAGUGAAUCACCGAGAUCAAAUGCACAACUCAGCAAAGUUCACAUGUUUACUUGAAUUUAAAUGUUUGUUUCUAUUUGUUCUGUAUUUAGUACUCAAGCUGCAACUAACAGGUAUUUUGAGUUGAUGUUUUUUUUUUUCUCACCUUUGUCCGACCAAAAACAUUCAGUUCAUAACUGAACCACACCAAACCUGUAGCUGCAGCUCAAAUUGAUACCAAACUACUGCGACUUUGUUUUGCGUGCCGGGAAAAAAAAAGGGCUAAAACAUGAAAAAGUACCAGCAUAUUCUCUACACACGUUUCUAAUUUGUGCUAAGCUAAUCGUAGACCCAGGGCUGCAGCUUCCUAUGAGGGAAUGAAGAGUCUUUUUUUUUGUUUUGUUUAAGAUUACCUAUUCAAAUUUGUGACGUAUUAAGGCAAUAAACUAGCACUCAGUAUAAUCUUCUAGUAAUGGGAACAGAGAGAACGUUCAGAGUUCAUGUGGUUGUGUUAAAAUUAUAAGCACUUGUAUAGUUCCGGAAAAUGUGACGGAGCAGCUAUCACACUUCUGUGCAAAGAAUAUUACCUACAUAUUUAAAUGUUCCUUUAAAGGUCCGGUCUGUAGGAAUUGGUGGAACCACCUCACCUCACCCUUUGUAACAUGAAGGAGAAACUGUGGUGGCUGGUCCGUUCUGGGCUACUGUAGAAACAUUGCAGUUCUUGCUGACCCUUUAAAUCUACAUUAGGCGUAAUACAAACAUCAGAAGCCCCGGGAUGCUUCCCUGAGGGACUCCACAUGUGAUAAAAGACUGAGAACAACAUGAUCUUUACCAGCAGACUGCCUGUGUGAAACUUCAGCAGUGAAACUCUUGGGUUUGAAGUUGACUUUAUGUCUUGUUAUAACACUGAUUGCACUAAGUUGUUGAUGCUGAAACACUGACUUCAUCUUUAGUUGAUUUGUUUUGGUCGAGGACGAAGAAACGAUGCAGAAGAGAAAUUUUGUCUUUAAUUUUGUGUCUUUUGAGUAUUUUUAGAUUUUUGUUUUUGUGAGAUCAUUAAGUUUGAUUUUUGUUGUGAAUAUUUGUGACAUGAUGGUUGUUACUUCCACUUUGUUACUACUUUUGGGAUCACACAGGUAAUUCUUGCCUUAUACUCCGGGAUCAUGCUAGCUUUCAUUACUGCACUUUGAUUUUUCUGCUACAACAUGAGUGAAUCAUUUCAUAAUCUCAGCACUGUGAGAUGAGUUACAUGACAAACCUGUUCUGUUAGCAUCUUUAGCUGUCCCCACUGAGAUCAACACAGCGAGAACCCAUUGGAGGGCUCGUGGGUUGGGAACCGCUGCUUUAGUCUCAGUGAAAAGAGCUAGCACUGAUGUUUGGGUCUGUUGUAACUUCACUUUAUUCACAGUUCAGAUGCGUCAGACUUCACUGGAAUCUGUGAAACAGAAAAUAUUUUAAUAGAAAAAGAAAUAACUUUAGUUUUCUGAGUGAACUUUGCUCUAUACUUUUGUAAUAAAACUGUUUUUCUGUCA